AAGGUGGGGAGCUGUUACAUAGACAGCUCUCUCUCUCCCAGGAGGAGAGGGUACACUUCCAGCAGGAGCAGAUCUGGUUCAACAGCUGCCGGUUGAGGAGGGGAGGAAACGAGAAUUUAUAAAAAGGGAGGGGUCAGAAAAGCUGGAAGUUGGGGUGGAAAAAGAAGAACAAGCUGAAGGAGGCAGACAUGGGGCGGUGCUAUAAUGUUUUUAUAUGAAGGACAGUAUGGAAAUCAACCCAAACACGAGCUCUUCUCUCCCAUCUCUGGAAGACUGAAGAAACAGGCCAGGCUGCUGCUUUGCUUUCUCCUUCUGCGCAAAGAGGCGAUGUGUGUGCCUGUUCUCCUCACACAUGGGACGAGAACGCUGCGAGAGCUUUAGAUUUUUUUUUUAUUGCAUCUGAGAAGUGCUUUGUCGCUUUAAAUCGCACAGGAAGCACUAAUAAAUUAUAAAGCCAUCGGAAUAUGCGCUUUUAUGCCUCUCCGGUCAGUCUGCCAGUGCGUAUUUACUCCAGACAGGAAUAUAAAAAAAAUAUUUCUAGUCUGGAUAGUUUUGUAAAGGCCUGCGGCUUAUGUUCAACCUUUCUCUGAUUGCUUUUUUUUUUCUUCUUAAAUUCAGUUUUUAACCCUUAACAACCGUCACCAAAGGCUGCUGACAGCGCAAAAAAAAAGGGACAAUCCUUCCUCAUCAGAUAAAGCGCGGCACGUUUCAGUGACCGUUGUCCUCCGCGCAGGGAGGACGUUUGCGCACAAGGCGAGAGACGCGCAGGGGGGCCAGCAUCAGGUGCCACGAGGAGGGGGAAAAACGACAAAACUUAGAAAAACGACAAAAAAAGAAAAAUAAUAACAAGAAGAAAAGCAACUGAAUUUGUCAAGGACAAGAUGACGGACGGGCCAAGACAGCGGAGCAGCACGGCGGGCUCCGCCAAGGAUGCGGCCGCUCCGAAGGAGUCUGGCGGAGUUGCGCUCAAGAAGGAGAUCGGACUUGUGAGCGCCUGUGGGAUCAUAGUUGGUAACAUUAUUGGCUCGGGUAUCUUCGUCAGUCCGAAGGGAGUGCUGGAGAACGCCAGCUCCGUGGGUUUGGCCCUGAUCGUCUGGAUCAUCACGGGCAUCAUCACCGCCAUUGGAGCGCUGUGCUAUGCAGAGCUGGGUGUCACCAUCCCCAAAUCAGGGGGGGACUACUCCUACGUGAAGGACAUAUUCGGAGGACUGGCUGGGUUCCUGCGGCUGUGGAUCGCCGUGUUGGUCAUCUAUCCGACCAACCAGGCCGUGAUUGCUCUGACGUUCUCCAACUACGUCCUCCAGCCUCUGUUCCCCACCUGUUUUCCACCGGAGAACGGCCUGAGGCUGCUGGCUGGUGUCUGUCUCCUGCUGCUGACCUGGGUGAACUGCUCCAGCGUCAGGUGGGCCACAAGAGUGCAGGACAUCUUCACCGCUGGCAAGCUGCUAGCCCUCGCCCUCAUCAUCAUCAUGGGAAUCGUCCAGAUCUGCAAGGGAGAGUACUACUGGCUGGAGCCGGCCAACGCCUUCGAGCCCUUCCAGGACUACGACGUGGGUUUGAUAGCCUUGGCGUUCUUACAAGGCUCCUUCGCCUACGGAGGCUGGAACUUCCUCAACUACGUCACGGAGGAGCUGGUUGAUCCCUACGUGAACCUUCCGCGUGCCAUCUUCAUCUCCAUCCCCCUCGUCACCUUUGUCUAUGUCUUCGCCAACAUCGCCUAUGUCACAGCCAUGAGUCCCCAGGAGCUGCUGGCCUCCAACGCUGUCGCUGUGACGUUUGGUGAGAAGCUGCUGGGAGUCAUGGCGUGGAUCAUGCCCAUCUCUGUGGCUCUGUCGACCUUCGGAGGGGUCAACGGUUCCCUCUUCACCUCGUCACGCUUGUUCUUCGCUGGAGCCAGAGAGGGACACCUCCCGAGCCUUCUGGCCAUGAUUCACGUGAAACGCUGCACCCCCAUCCCGGCUUUGGCCUUCACUUGCCUGUCCACUCUGCUCAUGCUGUGCACCAGCGACAUGUACACGCUCAUCAACUACGUGGGCUUCAUCAACUACCUCUUUUAUGGAGUCACUGUCGCCGGGCAGAUCGUCCUGAGAAUCAAACAGCCCAACAUUCACCGGCCAAUCAAGAUCAGCCUGAUCUGGCCGGUUAUAUACCUCAUCUUCUGGGCCUUCCUGCUCAUCUUCUCCCUGUACUCGGAGCCCGUGGUGUGCGGCAUCGGACUUGCCAUCAUGCUCACUGGGGUUCCCGUCUAUUUCCUGGGGGUCUACUGGGACAACAAACCUCAGUGCUUUGAUGCCUUUGUUGACAAAAUGACGUACCUGGGCCAGAAGAUGUGCGUGGUCGUUUAUCCCGCCGAGACCGGCGGCAGCAGCGGCGGAGGCGGAGAGGAGGGGGAGGAGAUGAAGGAGGCGAGGUCUCCCCUGUCGAAGGAGGACGGAGACAACCACAAAGCCGAGGACUGUUGAAGCCGACGUCGUUUUAUUCCCAGCCAGCCCCUUCAACGCAAACACAUCUGCAGACAGACACGCCCAUGUGGGUCUGCGCUACAAGCGCGGACGCAACCCACAGCUUGUUUACUGAUCAACACUUUAUCUCCCAAGUGUGUCUUUUUAAUCAACUACAAUCUGUACCAAACGUCACGCCUCAGCCGGGUAAGUCUGAGGUCCGUCAGAAGUGCAAUAAAGAAAGGCUAGCACCUUCCAGGUCCUCGGGCGCUCACACCAGCAGACACCUUUAACCUUUUUUUAUUAUUGUUUUUGUCCCUUUUUUUCUAUUUCUAGUUCCAGAGACUGAUGCUGAACCGUUUCUUUCUGGUUUAUCUUUUUUUUGGUCGCUUUUGUAAAUCUAGCUUUGUGUCACAUUCAGCACAACGAAGCUGCGUUCUUGAUCGUCGACACGCGCAAAUUAAAAAAAAAUCGAAUUCAGAUCCUUUCAUGUCGCUCCAUUUAUGUUUUAUUUCAAGAUGACUCCAUAAUGCCUCAUUUUUAAGUAAUUGUUAUUAUUGCUCGUAAAAUUAUCCUCGUCUAAUCAUGUUUAUUAUUUUCUACGAUGUGAAUUUAAAUUUCCUCGAUGCUCUGUUUCUCUAAUUUCCAUUUCGCUUCAUUUUUUUUAAAUUCCUCUUUACUGCAGAUGUGUAUUGAUUGUGAAGUCGAUGUGGGUUAUUGCGCUGGCAAAAAGUGCACAGCUUUUAUUACCUGCCUUAAUCAGAAUUACAGUAUUGUCUGCUGUGGUGCAAUUGUAGCCGUGUUUUCAAAAGAUGGCGAGAGAUCGGUGUGGUUUUAUUUCUUUUGUCAAAACUGCAACCUAAACGUGACACUAAGCAAACGAUAAAGCGUUUUAAAUGAUGUUUCCUGCCGGGUGAGAAAAGAAGUCGCGGUAAUUUCUGCCACACUUGCCGUACAAAUGACAUGCGAACAUUAAAAAGUGGCUUUAUAGUUUAGUUCUGUGUUGGGUUCCCCCUUUAUGCUUUAUUUCGAUGCACAAACGAGAGCUUUACACAAAAUUGUUCUUUUACAAAUAACACAGUAAGCUAGAGGCCCCUUUUUUUUAGUGCAAUAUUCUCGUAUAGACGCCAGUAAAACCCCGAACAUGCACCCCAUGGAUGAACUCUUAUGGGUUGUUUGGGUUUCUAUUAUGCUGUAUUUUAAAGGAAACACACACUGCUGCGCACACAGAGACCGAUUACUCAGUCGUUGUGUCUCAGGGCAUUCCCACACACACUGCCAUGAAAGCCGAGCACGUCUGAAUCUAAUCCAGUGUAACCGUGCUCUUAGCCUUUGCUUUUAGAGAUUUAUUUUUAAAGGUUUUUAAUCCUAAAAGGAGAUGAAAAGUGUCAAAAAAAAAAGAUGAGAGCUGAGAAGAUAGGAUGAGAGGUUUGGCCAGUUCUGGGUGUCAUUUGGUAUCGUUAAACUGUAAGGGUAACAGGGCGCUGUAGGUCUCUCUUUAUUAGUACAAUCGUAUGUAUUUUUAUUGGCCUGUACGGUUAUUGUGAAUUCACGAAAUAUGAAGAUGUCACCGACGUUUUAAAAGUUUAUAAUUUGGCUCCUGGUCAGUUUGGCCCUUCUCCAAUUCGUACCCACAUGUCAUGUUCGUGUGAGUAAACCUAGAGUGUCGCUUUAUGUAUUUAAAUUAUGGCAAAGAAUUAUGGAGAUAAAGAGUCAUAACAUAUUAAUUAUGUCCACAUCUUCUGUGGUUUUGAUCCAGGUAUGGCCCAAAUGCCUCUUCCGAAUUCACAUGUCCAUGUAGCAGACUACACUUUGAUUAUAUAAGAUUACAUUAAAUCAUCGGUUGUCCAUGUGGGCACCAAACGUCUCCAAUAGAGGAAGUAAUUGAGGCAUAGCCGGUACCAAAUGUAAUGUAGUAGACGGCUCCUUUGUAUCCCCGAAACAGUCUGGAAUGAAACAACCGAAUCUUCAGAAGCAAGAAAUGUGCUUUUGCGGUUUGGUGAAGAAAUUUGACUCCACGCAUUAUCGGGUGAAGCAGAGGUCAGGCUUGAAAACAUUCCUAUCUCAGAAGUCAAAUGCUGCAACCUUGAUUUGAACUUAAACCAAUACGGGGCUUGCUGUGCGGUGGAAGAGUUACCACCACACAACACAGCGCUGUGACAAUAACCUUAUUGUUCUGUAUAUAAAGUUCUCUCACUUCUGAUGCCUCGUGCCGAUUGCGGUCUCCCUGUCAUGUGAGAAAAUCUAUCAAAUAUGUUUGAACUAUAAAUGUACACAACAGUGGUCAAUGUUUGACAAGAAUAAAAACCAUACACAAGUGGA